GAAAAUGGGGUUUGGUGUAAAUCUGGGGGUGUAAUGUUAUCAUAUAUCACGCUACCUCGUAAAACCGACACCGAAGCCUACCGGACAACAAAUCACCUCAAAAUUAUGAGUUCUUCGUAUUAUGUGAACGCUCUUUUUAGCAAAUAUACGACGGGGGCUGCUUCUCUCUUCCAAAAUGCGGAGCCUACGUCUUGCUCCUUUGCUACCAACUCCCAGAGAAGCGGCUAUGGACCAGGCGCUAGCGCAUUCACCUCCUCCAUGCCUGCUUUGUACAAUGUGAACAGUGCCAUAUACCAAACCCCGUUUUCUUCCGGAUACAGCCUGGGCUCUGAUACCUACAACCUGCAUUGUUCCUCUUUUGAUCAGAACAUUCCCGUCCUCUGCAAUGACUUAACCAAAUCCAGCUGUGAGAAAGCGGAGGAAAGCAACCUGCACAGCCAGGCUGAGAGUAAUUUCCGGAUAUACCCAUGGAUGAGGUCUUCAGGUCCAGAUCGAAAGAGAGGGCGUCAGACUUACACCCGUUACCAAACGCUGGAGCUGGAGAAAGAAUUCCACUUCAACCGCUACCUGACCCGCCGGCGGAGGAUAGAGAUCGCUCACGCCCUGUGCUUGACCGAGAGGCAGAUCAAAAUCUGGUUUCAGAACCGCCGCAUGAAAUGGAAGAAGGAGCAUAAAGAGGACGCCGUUGGAGGCACGGCCGCUGCCAAUGAGGCGGCACCCGCCACUACCUCGGUGGAAAAGGUGGAGGAGGAAGAGGAGGAGGAGGAGGAAGACGCAGAAUAA